CCAGGAGCUGGAUCGUGUCGGUGGGCUGAUGGACGAGCCGAACGUCCGCGGCAGCAGCAGUUAUAAAAAGCCUGUGGACUGUAACCGGACUCCGGCAGGCGGCAGGACGAGCGGCUCGGGACCAGCACGACUAUUCUUAGGCCUUUUGUUGUGCUGCCGGCCGGCUGCCAUCACACGGACAACAUGUGGAAGGUCAAACGUGAGUGUUUUCACCGCAUGUCGCUUUGCUUCUCAUCAGUAAACUCACGGACUGACUGGCUGCAGGUUUGAUGAAGCUGGAGUUCUAACACAGCGUUAACACUCUCCGGUUGCUUUUCCAAUGGAGACGAGGUACCGGCCCAUUUUGGAGAGUUUGGUCCCCCCUGACCCCAUGUCCCAGUUCCACCUGAGGAGGGGUUCCCCCGACGAGGAGUUUCCAGACCUGUGCAGGAACUCCACCUGGAUGGGACGCAUCCUCACACCUGCCAUGUACCGGCGCCAGUUCCACCGCUGCACCCACAGCGGAGUCACCUUUGAUGACGUCAUCCGCCCGGGCCUCGAGGAACCAGGGGACUGGUCGGGUCCUGGAUCAGUGGGGUGUGUCGCGGGCGAUGCCCAGUCCUACAUCCUGUUCUGCGACUUCUUCGACAGAGUCAUCGAGGCGUAUCAUGAACACAAGAUCAGCAGCCGGACGCCAGAGAGCGACCUGAACUACGACAACUUGAAGGGCGGUGAUGACUUGGACAGGUCAUAUGCUGUCUGCUGUGAGGUCAGUGUCGUCCGCGGUGUUGAAGACUUCUGCUUCCCGACACACUGCAGCCGAGGAGAGCGCAGACAGCUCCUCACGCUGGCCCGGAGAGCUCUGCAGCAGCUGGACCAGCACGGGCUUCCGGGUCAACUUCUCUUACUGGAGGAGCUGAACCAGGAGCAGCAGAGGCAGCUGAACCUGAACCCCCCGUCCUCCUCUCAGCUCCGCAUUGGCGUGGCUCGGGACUGGCCUGAUGCCAGGGCAGUCUGGGUGAGUCAAAAUGGCAGCCUGGUGGUCUGGGUCAACAUGGAGGACCACCUGAGACUUGUGUCCACGCGAGAAGACGCCAACAUUGCUGAGGCAUUUAAAUGCAUCUGCGUCAACGUGCAGAAGCUGGAGGAGUUCUACAGGAAGCUCAGACACCCGUUCAUCUGGAAGCACCAGCUCGGGUGGGUGACGAGCUCUCCGGCCGACGUGGGGACGGGUCUGAGGAUCCGAGUCCACGUCAGACUGCAGUACCUCCCCAAACACAACAGACUGCAGGACAUCCUGAGGAGACUCAGGAUCCGCAUGGACAAAACAGACUCCCCGAUGCUGUACCAUGUGUGCAACGCCGCAACCUUCGGCGUGAGCCAAGUGGGUUUGACCCAGCUGGUGGUGGACGGCGUCAAACUGCUCAUCGCCAUGGAGAAGAGGCUGGAGGGCGGCCGCGACAUCGAGGAGCUCGUCCCCACUCAGAAGUAGAAGAAUCACUACCCGAACUGAAAAGCUCGACUCAACUGAAGGUGCAACUGACCCCAUAGAAAAACAAAUCAUGUAAAGGUGAAAACUGCAGUCGGGUUAAUUAAUUACUCAAAAGUACAAGUUACUUUUUCUUCACUGUUUUUAAUCUGUCUUUAAUUGCAGUCAUGAAAGUAACCUUAAAGUUGAAUCGAACUUUUCACUGCUGGACGAAAACGGUCACGUGUUUUGAAAGGCCUUCAUCCCGCCUCCUUCAGGAGGUCAAUCAAAGU